AUGCCGUCCGCCAGCGCCAGCGAGGCCCCUCGGCCGCCCAGCCGGCCGGCCAGCGCCAGCCCACCAGGCUCGCCGCCGUCGGCGCCCACGUCGCCCCCGCGGCCGCGCGCCACCUCCGCCUCCCGGCCCGCCCCCGGCGCCCCCAGGUUCGCCGACGCCGACGCCGACGCCGUCGCCUCCGCCCCCUGCAGCCCCCGCGACAAGGCCGCCCCCGCGGAGCGCGACCACCUCCGCCACAAGUCGGCCACCGCCAACGGACAUGCCGGCGCCAUUCGCCGCCACGUGGCCGGCGCGCCGACCACUGUCCAGGUGCGGCAAGUCGUGGCGGCGCCGGCGAGCGCGCGGCUGGGGGCGCGCCGCAGCCCGCUGGCGGUGCGCGCGCUGUGGUGGGUGCUGCACUUCCUGGGGCACGCGCUGUGCACGACGGCCUACCUGGUGUGGAGCCAGCUGCUGUUGCUGUGGCCCGCUGUCUGGCUGUCCGCCUGGCUGUACGUGCUGCUGUGGCCCUGGCGGCUGCUGCUCGCCUGGGGCUGGAACCGCGUGCGCACAAACAGGCCCACCGUGCUCGUCAGCGGCGGCGGCUCCGUGCAGGCUCUGCACCUCGCCAGGAACCUCUACAGCUGCGGGGCGCGCGUGAUCUGCGUGGAGGUGGAGGGCGUGUUCCGGCUGUCGCGCUUCUCUGCGGCGGUGCGCCGCUUCUACACGCUGCCGGCUCCCGCCGCCUCCGAGGACGGCGUGCAGCGCUACGUGCGCGCCCUCUGCGACAUCGUGCAGAAGGAGCGCUGCUCGCUUUACGUGCCCGUCUGCUCCUCCACCACCGCCUACUACGACGCCUUCGCCAAGCCGCACCUCGAAAUGCUAGGGUGCACCGUGUUCUGCCCCGGCGUGCGCGAGGUGUGGCUGCUGGACGACGUGCAGGAGGUGCUGCGGCGCGCCGAGGAGGCGGGGCUGCACGCGCCGCUGUACUACCCGGUGGCGCGCCGCGACGACGUGCUGCGGCUGUACGAGUCGGGCGUGCUGGCGGCGGGCACGCACUUCAUGGCGAGCGCGGGCGCGCUGGGCUGCCGCGACCGCGUCAAGCUGCGCCUGCCCGCGGCGCGCGCCCAGUUCCGCAUGCCGUACGAGAUGUCGCCGCAGCGGCCGUGGGUCGUGGUGCAGGACCUGCCCGGCGAGCACUUCCUCACCUGCACCACGGUGCGCGACGCCGUCGUGCUCGCCAACGUCACGUGCCGCGUGCUCGACUCGGGCGAGCUGGUGCCCGUCGACCACCGCGCCGUCGACCAGUGGCUCACCGCCUUCUUCAGCAGGCUGCGCGUCCUCAGGCAGUUCUCGGGACACGUCUCCUUCAGGUUCGUGGUGUCAGAGGCGUCGGGCGCGCUCGUGGUGCUGGGCAGCCGCGUGGGCGUGUCGCUGCCGUACAUCUGCCACGACAGCGCGCACGCGCGCCUGCUGUGGCGGCCGUGCCGGCGCCACCAGCAGCUGCAGCAGCAGCAGGGCGCCAGCGCGAGCGCGGCGGCCGUGGCGGCGGGCCGCUACUGGCUGCCCGACGCGCUGCUGCAGACGCUGCGCGCGCAGCCCAGCCUGCGCGCCGUGCGCCGCCUGCUCGGCACCGUGCUGGACAAGCGCGAGGCGCUGUUCGCCGCCUGGGACCCGCUGCCCUACUGCGCCUACUACCACCUGCAGCUGCCCACGCGCCGCGUCGUCAACCUGCUGCGCAACGCGCCGCCGCUGCAGGGCUGCCCGCUGCCGCCCACGCACUGACCAGAUCUCUCAACGUUCAGCAUCACUGAGGAUCUGUUCAAGUCAGAAGGGCAAAUGAGCGGAAGAGAGCAGUCGUCAGAACUGUAGCUCAUUUUCUUUUCGUAGUGCACUCUCAUCAACAUAUUUGUAAAUAUUCAUAAUGUUAGUGUAAAUAUUUAUUUUAUUUAGUGUUUAGUUAUUUUGUAACUCAAAAAAUUGACUGAGGGAAUUUUUUGUUCAUGUUGAGCUUAUUGCUCAAAUGAAAUGAGUGACUGUAUACAUUAUUCACAUUUAAAAAAUAAAAAGAUCUUCAUGUUA